UGAGAAUGUAUAAGGAUCGAGGUUUUGACAUUGCUUCAAAUGCUUCGAAGCACUUGUAACGUCACGUUGACUGUAGCCAAGAACAAAUAAUGUUUUCAAACGCCGCGCCGCAAGCGCCAAACGCAAUCUCCCAUGCAGAACGCGCUUGCGCAACAAUCGACCAUGCGUGCUGAUGCGUGCACGAUGAUGCGUGCAUGUUAGUGCUUCCGUGUGUGCGUACGUGUGUGACUCGAGCGGCGAGCUGCCAAAAGAAGAAGAAGACACGAGCUACGAGAGCCACGAGGCUGACGAGACAAAAGGAAGUCGCGUUGUUGUGCCGGUCGUUCCAGUCGAGUGUUGAUCGCGCGGACAGAGGAAAUAACGGAAUAAAAAAUUUUGCCGAGGUUAUGGGCUGGAUUCAGAAACCCAGCCGUUUAUAUUCUGAUCGGCAUAAACGUCGUUUAAUUCAACGAAAAACCGCAUCUGAUUUACGCAGAAUUUUUGAACAAGCAUUAGUUCAUAGAGAUGACGAGAACAUUGACCAACAUUUUUCAACUGAACAAGAGCUUUUCCCUGAAAAUAAAGAUAUCGGACAAAGCUUGGCGACUGUACAAAAACCACCUCCUCACGAUGCAAAUUCCAAUUCCAGUUCCAGUUCCAAUUCCAAUGCCAAUAAUGAUUUUAUUGCUCGAUGUCUGACUGCGACAAACGGAUUUGUUGAUAAUGCAAUCGGUAGUGCAAUUAGUGAUGAAUAUUUGGCUAAUUUAAGUAACGACGAAUCGUCGGAGGAAUUAUUAACUGAAAUUAUUAAUGAAAGCGAACUGUUGGACUAUCAAUCAGUCAUUACUGAAGAGUCAGAGACAUUCUUAACAGCUUUCAUUGGGUGGGUUAAAGAAUUUAAGCCCUCCGCCAACUCAGUCAAUGCACUUCUUCGUAUUUUGAGGAAGCACACGUCGGAAAAUUUUCCUAAAGAUUGCAGGACUCUCCUUAAGACCCCUAGAAUUACUGAAGUGCAUUCAAUGGGUAAAGGAAAAUAUUGGCAUAAUGGUUUUGCGAACAUUGUUUCAACUAUAAUAAAAAACCGCGAACAAACAGGUUAUACAGAGAAGAAUAUUGACUUGUUCAUAAAUAUUGACGGGGCAACUGUAGGAAAAUCUUCGGGAAAAACUAUGUGGCCGAUAUUAUGUUCGGAUACGCUCUGUAAACAAAUCUAUGUGAUAGGCAUAUAUUUCGGAGAAGGAAAACCGGAUAAUUCAAAUACAUUCUUAGAAAUGUUUAUAAAUGAAGCAACGCAAUUGAUUGAUAAUGGCAUUCAGUUCAAUAACAAUUUUUAUAAUAUUAAAAUCAAAGGUUUAAUUUGCGACGCACCGGCAAAAGCGUACGUAUUACAGGUUAAAUAUCACACUGGAUUCGACAGUUGCACGAAAUGCGUUAUCGAAGGCAAACGUGUGGAAAAUACUAUCUGUUUUCCCGGAGUUCAAAAUUUAACUUUAAGAACUGAUGAGCUUUUUAAACGUCACGCAUAUAAUCUUGAUUAUCAAACUGGAGAAACAAAUCUUGUGCAAAUCCCGCGUUUAGGCUUAGUAAGUAACGUCGUACUCGAUUAUAUGCAUCUUGUUUGUCUGGGAACUAUGCGUAAAUUAAUAUGCUUGUGGAUGUCUGGACCAUUGAAUGUACGGUUACCAACAAAUAGUAUUAAUAAAAUAUCGGACGAAUUAAUUAAUUUAAGAAAAAACAUAUCGUCUGAUUUUUUUAGGAAACCAAGGUCAUUAAAUUUUGUAAAAUUAUGGAAAGCUACAGAGUUUCGUCAGUUCUUAUUGUAUCUGGGGCCAAUAGUUCUGAAAACUGUUUUAAAAAAAGAAUUAUAUGAUCACUUUUUAACGCUACACGCUGCAAUAACAAUACUAGCCAGUCCAAUCCUUACUCGUGUUGAUGUUGCAAAUGUUACAUACGCGGAAGAACUUCUAAAAAAAUUUGUUGAAAACUUCGAGUUAUUAUAUGGAGAAAAAUAUAUUAGUCAUAACAUACAUAAUUUGCUACAUCUCGCAGCCGAUGUCAGACAGUACGGACCUGUAGAUGGCUUCAGUGCCUUUCCGUUUGAAAAUUUUCUUGGCGUUUUGACCAAAUUAAUUAGAAAGACGAGAAACCAUUACAGCAAAUUGCUCGUAGGCUUUCGGAGUAUGGUGCAAAAAUUUCCAGUGAUGUAAGAAAACCAAAUCAUUUUAAUUUGGAAAAGCACCACCGUGAUGGACCUCUUGAUAACGUUAGAAGUUAUAUAAAACAAUACAAAAUAAUGCAUAAAAAUUCAUUUUCUCUAAAUUGUGAUAAUGAACAGAAUUGCUGCUGUAUGUUGAACGAUGGAACCAUGAUAGAAGCUGUUAAUUUUGCGGUAUCUAACAAUGUAACAUACGUUAUUGGCAUGCAAUUAACACCGAUUGGUAAUGCAUAUUCAGAUCCUAUAGAAUCAACAGAAUUCGGUAUAACAGUGAUUGAAAAAAAUAAACAAAUUAAAUCUUGGCCAUGUGAUAGGAUUAAUUUAAAAUUAAUGAAGUUGCCAUAUCAUCAUAAUAAGUUAAUCGUUUUUCCGAUUCUUCACACAGCGGUGUAAAUUAAGUUUAAGAAUAUAAGAAAACUGCGAAAUUUUCCAUUUACUUGAAACUUUCUCAACAUUUUUCGUUCAGCAUAUUAUUGUACAUUAGGAAUAACUUAAGUUAUAAUAAAUAUGAUUUG